GGACCCGGAGUGACUCUCAUACUCUCAUUAAAAAAUAUCUUUCCAAUCCCCACUUCGUUCGUUCUACUGUCCGUUUCCUAUUGUGUUUUCAUUUCCUUCUGGAGAUUCUACUAAUUUUAUUCGCCUAUUAUUAUUAUUGGCUUCCCUACUGAACGGUGUAUCACUCUUCCAGCUUCUUCGCUCUUCACCUCUCUUCUGUGAGCUUUAAGAUCAGGAGGUUCUAGCUAAGUGAUACUACUGUGAACAAGUAAUUGAAUUUGGGCUUCUCACUAGACUAGAAGCUUUUAAGAUGGAAUCUGCACAAUGGUGUGUGGAGAAAAGGGGUCUUGUUAGCAAUGACUCCUUUGCAGACAUUGAAGGUGUGACUGAAACUGGGUGCCUCUCCAUUGUUGUUCUUGGUGCUUCUGGUGAUCUUGCCAAAAAGAAGACUUUUCCUGCACUGUUCAACCUCUACCACCAGGGGUUCUUGCAAUCUAAUGACGUUCACAUUUUUGGCUAUGCAAGGACCAAAAUUUCAGAUGAUGACUUGAGAGACCGUAUUCGUGGGUAUCUUUCCCCGGGAAAAGAUAAUGCAGAAACUGUUCCAAAUUUUCUGCAAUUGAUAAAAUAUGUAUCUGGUGGUUAUGACUCCGAGGAGGGAUUUCGGUCAUUAGAUAAGGCAAUAUAUGAGCAUGAAGUAUCAAAAAAUAGCACUGAAGGAUCUUCCAGAAGGCUCUUCUACCUUGCACUUCCUCCAUCAGUAUAUCCAUCUGUGUGCAGAAUGAUAAAGUUUUAUUGCAUGAAUAAAUCUGAUCUUGGUGGAUGGACACGCAUCGUUGUUGAGAAGCCCUUUGGUAGGGAUUUGGCUUCAGCUGAGGAACUCAGUGCCCAGAUAGGAGAAUUAUUUGAUGAGCCACAAAUUUAUCGUAUUGACCACUACUUGGGGAAGGAGUUGGUUCAGAACUUGCUUGUGCUUCGCUUUGCAAAUCGCUUCUUUUUGCCCCUGUGGAACCGUGACAACAUUGACAGUGUACAGAUUGUAUUCAGAGAGGACUUUGGUACUGAAGGCCGUGGUGGAUAUUUUGAUCAAUAUGGGAUUAUACGGGACAUUAUUCAGAACCACCUUUUGCAGGUUUUUUGCCUUGUUGCCAUGGAAAAGCCGAUUUCUCUAAAGCCUGAGCACAUCCGAGACGAGAAAGUGAAGGUUCUUCAGUCGGUGGUUCCAAUUAAAGAUGAAGAGGUUGUGCUUGGACAAUACGAGGGCUAUAGGGAUGAUCCAACAGUUCCUGACAACUCAAAUACUCCAACAUUUGCAACAGUGGUUCUGCGUGUGCACAAUGAAAGAUGGGAAGGUGUACCCUUUAUACUCAAGGCAGGAAAAGCACUGAAUUCUAGAAAGGCAGAAAUACGUAUCCAAUUUAAGGAAGUUCCUGGUGAUAUAUUCAGAUGUCAAAAGCAAGGGAGGAACGAAUUUGUUAUACGUCUUCAGCCUUCUGAAGCAAUGUACAUGAAACUCACGGUGAAGCAACCUGGACUGGAAAUGUCAACGGUUCAGAGCGAACUAGACUUGUCGUAUAGGCAACGUUAUCAAGGGGUUACCAUUCCAGAGGCUUAUGAGCGUCUAAUACUGGACACAAUAAGGGGGGAUCAGCAGCAUUUUGUUCGUAGGGAUGAACUGAAGGUGGCAUGGGAGAUAUUCACCCCGCUAUUGCACAGGAUAGAUGAUGGAGAGUUUAAGUCAAUAGCUUACAAGGCAGGCAGCCGAGGCCCUGGGGAAGCAGAUGAUUUGUUAAAAAGGGUGGGGUAUGUUCAAACACAUGGAUAUAUAUGGAUCCCUCCGACCUUAUAAUAUUACAACUUAACAAAGUGAUGAAGCGAAGAUGGAGUACUAUAUGUGCGGCAUAUAUAUAUGCAUGCAUGUUUGUUCCAGAUACAGAUAGAUACCCAAAACUUGGGGUGCGGUUUGUUUCAGAAUAAGUAAUACCCCCACGGGCUGUAAAAUUGUAAUGGAUUACUAUACAUAUGAUAAUAAUCCUCAUAUCGAUCAGCUGGCUGGUAGGGUAUACCUAUACAUACUAUGAUUCAUGUA